CAGCUUUGAAACGCGUUCCCGCUGAAUCAGGGCGAGUGUGUUCGAUUCAGACACAGACAGCACAGCAUUGGCUAACUCUCUCUCUCCCACAGACACAGAAGCGAGUGUCUCACAACCAAAGCAAACAUAGCCUUAUUAACGUGACAAGUUUGAGACUCAGGGAGAUACGACUGACUGCCUACUCUCAGGGAAGAGGAGGAAGCUGGGGACACUUGACUUACCAACACAACCAAUCCAGAGAACCUGGAGGGAGGCAAUCCUUCCCUCUGCGUAUGCUGAGGAAUACACCCUACACACAACAACAACUACAAGCCUGAGAAGAAGAGAGACCAGAGCCACGGUCUUUCUCUUUCUCUCUUUAUACCUCUCUCUCCUGCUGUGGAGCUCUGUCCUCGUCUCUCCAGUCCCUCAAGGUAUUCUGCUGACCUGACUGCCUGAUCUGCUGUCAUCAUGUCAGAAGGAGAAGAAUGUCGCUCUCCCAUCGGUCUGGACUGCUGCUCCUGCUGCCUGGACCUGGCCAACUGUGACGACCCAACUGGAGCAGGGGGUGAGGGCAGAGGCAACAGCACCCCUCUGAUGGGCAGCCCCACGUCGCUUAGCCACUUCCGCCAGUUCCGUGAGCAGCUGACGUUCCAGAACCAGAACGUGAACACAGACAAGCUGAACCGCAUGAUGAGGCUGGACUCUCUGGAGUCUGUGGUCAGAGACCCCUGUUACCUGCUCAACGAGGGCAUCUGCAACAGCAACAUCGACCAGACCACGCUGUCCAUCCUGCUGUUCUUCCACAGUGCCUCAGGUGCUAGCGUUGUUGCCAUUGACAACAAGAUAGAACAGGCCAUGGAUCUGGUGAAGAACCACCUGAUGUAUGCAGUCAGGGAGGAAGUGGAGAUCCUCAAGGAGCAGAUCCGAGAGCUGGCUGAGAAGAACAACCAGCUAGAACGCGAGAACAGCCUUCUGAAGAACCUGGCCAGUCCAGAACAGAUGGAGAGCUUCCGCGAACGGGUUCCGUCCGACUCAGACGCUCUGGUCCCCCUGCGGCUGGACAACCAGUACCAGCAGCAGGCUCAGCAGUACCAGCAACAGGCCCAGAUUGGACUCCAUAACCCUGACCAGUCCUGCCACAUCAGCGCUGGCUCUGCUGUGUAGGUGGUUCUGCCUUGGACAGUUGUAAACUAAUCGUCGCUGCCAACUUCAGUGAAGCUGUAACAGACGAUGAAACACAACGGAGCACGUGGAAAGGCGCUCUAACUAGCGGCUAGAGGCUGAAGCUAUAAGCUAAGAUGAGCCUUUCCUACGACAUCUAGACUAUUUCUCUUUAGACAAAAGCUCUAAACGAGAGGGCUCACAUGUAGCCAGCCGGAGAACGCUUGCAUUGGGACAGAGGGGAGGCUCCGGCCUUCUGGGGCCAGGAGGGCCAACCCCUUCAGCCAUUCUCUACCACCCCUGCUACAGAGGGGAGGCUCCGGCCUUCUGGGGACAGGAGGGCCACCCCUUCAGCCAUUCUCUACCACCCCUGCUACAGAGGGGGGAGAGGGCUAAAAGACAGGGUUGGCCCGGGGAUCUGAUCCUGGGGAUGCCUCUCCACGCCAGGGUGGCCCGUCCUCCAGCUUACCUCUCCAGGUCCAGCCAAGGAAAAAGGAAAUAUUCUCCAAGACAGACAGAGAGACGGCCUUCCAGUCUCUGCUAGACCCCCCCCCCCCGCCUGUGUAUUUCUUCUUCUGACAGUACAAGUUCUGAGGAGUCAGACAGUAUCUCUACUAUCUUGUGACUGUUUCCACCUGCCACCAUCUACUGAUAUUCUCCGUCAAUAUUCCUUAAGAAGAAGCAACGUGUCUUCGGGGGGAAACCAAACCUGAGCUCCAGUACAGCGAGUAGAGGAGAAGGAGGAUCUAGGAGAUCCUCCUGGACUGUUGCUGGAGAAAGAGAGGCUUGUUGCUUCUCUAUCUCAACCUCACUGCCGAUAACUGAUUGCCAUAAUCAUGAUUCAGAUCAUCAUUACUUGUAUUCUCUGCAGUUGGGUUGUGUUGCUUAUGGGGGAAAAGCCUGCUAUUUUACUUUUCUUCUGAUUCUGAACAAAAUGGAAUACUUGUUAAUAGGAGCGUUGUAACUGUUCAGUUAAAUGAUUUAUUAUGGGGAUGGAAGUAUCUACUACCCAGAAUGCCUAGUUCUGUACAUUUGACUAACAUGUUCAGAGUAGUGGGCUGGAGAUGAAUUUGAGCAGCUGAUUUUUUUCUCUAAAGGCUGUGAAUGCGAUCCUGACCUAGCAGGCAUGUUCUGCGUGUUCAGAUACCAACCUCAACUUGAAUCAAUGGCAUGACUCCUAGUGCCUAUCUCCAGAAGAGGAAUACCACAGUUCCACAAUGGACUUUUGUGUUUUCUAACUACCAAAUACUUUGUCUCAUUACUACUCCAAACGAAACCAAGCAACCUGGACCAUGUGUACAUCGUUCACAGGGAGAACUCUUGUUAGCAGUAAUGUUUUGUUUUUUUGAUAAACGUUGGGUAUUGUUGCUGUAUUGUGUCCAUGAAACAGGUAUAUAUUUUUUAAAGGAUGUAAUGGAUACAAAAUGCACAUUUGCAAUAAACCCUUUGUUUACACUAAA